AUGGCAUUCGCCUGGAAGUCCGCUGGUCUCACCUACAACCGCUACCUGGCCGUCGCCGCUCGCGCCGUCCGCCGCUCCCUCAAGGACGGUCCUCGUGCUGCCGCUGAGCGCCGUGGUCAGAUGGACCUGCGUUUCGCUAAGUGGGAGAACGGCAAGCAGGGUGAAGUCAAGAACCUUGCUCAGGUCCAGGCCACCGCCGGCCAGGCUGAGUCGAAAUAA